AUGAGGAAGGAUUAUGAGGCAACUCACUUUGAGGAACAGAAGGCACUACAGUUUAGAUUGAAUGAGGUACUCUCUCUUAACGAGGCUUAUUGGCGUCAACGAUCCCGAAUUCAAUGGUUACGAGAAGGAGAUCACAAUACCUCUUUCUUUCAUAGAAGAGCGUCUAAUCGGCGAUGUUGGAAUAGAGUGAAGGGUUUGGUUAAUGACCUUAGGCAGUGGACAGCUCAACCUAAUGAGGUGGUUGACAUUCUUAUUGAUUACUAUGAUAAUAUCUUUCGAUCGGAGCAUGUGGAUAGUGAGGCCCUAGCUCUUAUCAUUGACUCUAUGCAAACCAAAGUUACUGAUGACAUGAAUGCUGAUCUCUUAGCUCCUUAUACAGAUUCUGAAAUAAAGAAGGCGUUAUUCCAAAUGCAUCCUUUAAAAUCUCCUAGUCCUGAUGGUCAGGUUGCACAAGAAUCUAAUUUCACUCAUUUGACGCUUAUUCUGAAAAUCAAAGAGCUAAAGUUGCCAUCUGAUUUAAGACCAAUUGCACUAUGCAAUGUAGUGUACAAGAUUGCCUCUAAGGUUUUGGCUAUUCCAUUAAGCAGACGAGUGGGGAUUGAUAGAGCUACAUGGAAACUGGAUAAACGUGGUUUCUUUUCAGUCAAGUCAGCCUAUGCCAUUGCUUGUGACUUUUCUAUUGGUAAUGUGUUUGCUUCAACUUCCCUUGGUGAUCCUUAUGCACAACUUUGGAAUGCUUUGUGGAAAACCAAUGUUCCAAACAAAGUGGCCAUUUUUGGUUGGAAAGCUGCUCACAACUUGCUUCCUACUCGAACUGCAUUGACAUUUAAAGGCUAUUCAGGUGAAUUAAACUGUUGUGUUUGUUCUGAAUCUAUCCUUGAACAUAUAUUUUGA